UCCUCUGCCGAUCUUCCGUAUUCACGACCUAGUUCCUGUGUGACUGUGUCUAUCAUUUCGGAUCAGACUUAGGGUGUGCAACAUCUUUGAAGUUAAAAUGGAAUUCGUGGAUCAGAUGCAUCAGGCUUCAAAAUCAAAAUAUGAAUGUCUCGUAUUUGAUUUGGAUGACACAGUUUAUCCUCUUAGUUCUGGUCUGUCAGUGAAGGUUACCCAGAACAUUCAAGAAUAUAUGGUUCAAAAGCUUGGCAUAGAGGAGGAAAAUGUUCCCAACUUAUGCUUUUCAUUGUAUAAGUAUUAUGGGACAACAAUGGCCGGUCUGAAGGCUAUUGGCUAUAACUUUGAUCCAGAUGACUUCCACAGUUUUGUUCAUGGAAGACUGCCCUACACAUUGCUAAAACCGGAUCCUGUUUUGAGAAGUCUUUUGCUCAGCCUGCCCAUUCGGAAAGUUAUUUUCACUAAUGCCGAUAAGGCCCAUGCAGCAAGGGUGCUAAGCAUAAUGGGAUUGGAGGACUGCUUUGAAAGGAUUAUAUGCUUUGAGACUCUUAUCCCACCGACAAAGAGAACGUGGAAGAGAAUGAGUUGGAUUUAACAUCAAGUGUUGCAAAUUUUGACAUCAGUGCGUUCAGUUCUGAUCCCAAUGCAGAUCUAGCUCUUCCAAAAACAACAGUUCUCUGCAAACCUUCUGAAGCUGCAUUUGAACAAGUUUUCAAGAUUGCAAAUAUCAACCCUCAGAAAACAGUAAGCUAAGCAGUUAUCUUUAAAAUCACAAUUGCCUUCAUUUGCAAACUUGUAAUAAAUAUUCUGAAAAGAC